AGUGUAAUCUCUACGUCUCUCGGUUGUGAUGGUUUUUCAAAAGUACGGGAUUUAGAUAAAUACAUGAAAGUUCUAAAAAUGAAAAUGUCUGCAUUGGCAAGGACACUGCAGGCUGUCAAGCCACAUGUUCCAUCAAUCAAAUUCCCAGUACGGUCAACGGAAGCUUUGACAACAAGUGGAACUCAUAAACACUCGGUUUCCCAUGUGCCAGCUAUCACACCAUCACCAGCUCCUGUUAAACCUGUGGUCACUUCAUCAGCCUCAGAAAAGAUUCCUUCCCGAUAUCAGCGCAAGAAAAUCUCCAAAGAAGAAAUGGAAUAUAUAGAGAGAGGUGGACCAGAGUAGAUCCAGCAGUAUUUUUUAGUUGCCUUUCCCUUCUCAAUGGUCAAGUUGCUGUGUAAAAAAUAAAAUUAAUUUUUAUUAUGUUCUUACUUAGAUAUGUUAUAUAAAUGUUUUGCCUUGAAUAAUAAAUACCAUGCUUUUAGUAUGGUGAAAUUUCUA